UGCUUCCGGCUGUGUUUUCAACGUGAUAAACUCGUUGUAUCUCGUGGUUUGUACCACGUGUUCCAUUUGUAAUAUUACUUGUAUAAAUAAACUUGUUAAUUAGGUGCAAAUUUGGAAUACUAUAUCAAAAUGAAGAAUAAGCCGUUGCGACACAAGGAAAAAAAUACUUUUCAGUUUAAAAAAUUUUCCGAACGGGUAAAUGAAAUAGACAUUGAUAUUUUUCAUCGCGUUGUACACAAAAAUGAGGAAGAUGACGACGAGGAGAUUGAAACGUAUUUUCAUGAAACAUUGAAAAAAUGGAAUUUUCUAAAUUUAACAGAGGGUUAUUGUAGCUUUAAAAGACAAGUACAUGACAUUGUUACUCUUCCUCAAUUGUUAAAUAAGAAGCAGUUUGUAGUUGAUUUACUUUUGGAAUAUCUAAGAAAGCAAGAUGUUUUAUUUUUGCAACCUAUACUUGAGUUGGUAGUAGCUUUAGCAAAAGAUCUACAAAAAGAUUUUUACGAGUAUUUUUCAGAAUUCUUAAAUGUCAUAGUCAGUUUAUUGAAAACAAAAAACUCCGAACAAAUAGAAUAUGCAUUCGUAGCUCUUGCCUAUUUAUUCAAAUUUCUAUGGCGAUAUUUAGUGAAAAAUGUGAAAACCGUUUUGGAUUUAUUGUUGCCACUUUUCAAUGAUACACAACCAUAUUAUAUUAACAAUUUUGCUGCUGAAAGUUUUGCAUUUGUCGUACGAAAAGUUAAAGACAAGGAAGAAUUUAUCAAAUUGUUGUUGAAACUUAUGGAGAAUAAUGAACGUGGUGCUAUUGGCUGUGGAAAAUUAAUGUUCGAAGUUAUAUCUGGGACGCCAGGUCAAUUUCAUUCUUGUGCAGAACAAAUGCUAUUGAUUUACUUUCAUUCUCUAAAAGAUGAAUCUAUAAACCAAGAUCUCGCAUAUACAAUUGUAAAACAAGUGGUUAGUUGUAUUCUAGAGAAUAUACAUUAUACCAAAUGCGAUGUACUUUGGAACACUUUUCUUAAAAUGUUAGACACAACAACCAAGGAUGUUGUUUUAUUGGGAAGAAAAAAUCACCUAGAGCUUAUUUUAUGUCUCAUAAAUAUUGCUCUCAAGUAUAAAAAUGGAAGAUUCCUCAACAAUUCUGCACCUUUGAUUAAAAAACUGAUGAUUAUGAUGGACGAUUUUCAAAUAAAUAAUGUUUUAUCAGAGAUAAUCAAUGCGCUAAUAAAUAUUCUUCUAUCUGACAUUAAAUUGACUCAAGAAACCUCUUGUAAUAUACUUGUUAAAAUAAUGUCUAUAAAUAAUGUCGAAUUAUUAUACAUUUCUAUUGAAAAAUUGAUACAUUAUUCGUCAUUCGAGUCUCUGGUAUUACCACAUUUGUUUAAACGAUGUAAUACCAUUGGAAUACAAUCUGAAGAAGUAAAGUUACUGGGUAAAAUAAUAAAACAAAAAGCACCUCCUUGCCUUUGGGGUCUAACGUUGAACAAAUGGAAGAAAUUCAACCUAGAUAUUAAAAAUAUGUCGGAGGAAAGCAUAGAUUAUUUCUUGACAGAAUUGAACGGCCUAACGAAUUCUACGUCAUUAGAUGUUUUUUGGAUAAUAAUGAUCGUACCACAUUUUACAUUUCUUCCCGAGGAUGUUAAAGGUUCGAUAAGGAAACAAUUUCUAAUAGUUUACAAUGAAAUACUGCAUUACGAAAAUACGGAAAAUUCGGCAAAUAAUAUGAAACUUAAGAGGAUUAAUUUUAUAUUUUUGUUGUUGCUCGAUACAAUGAUUCAUAUUUCGGAAAAAGAUGAAUUUGAUGCAUUUACCAAAACGCACGAUAUACGGAUAAUGAACGUGUUAGAAAAACACAGCGAUGAUCCUUUCAUUCUCAAUGCGGUAGAUCUCUAUUUAACAUUUUUUUACAAUGGAUCACAGUACCACCACGACAAAUUGUUCAAUCAAGUAUUUUUUGAUACGUUACACAGUUGCAUAGUGAAAAAGUUAAAUUCGCCUAUUCAUUUAAUUCGUUUGGUCGUAACACAUAUAUAUUCAUUAUUUGCUAACGUCGAAGGUAUAAUGUUAUCUAAAGAAAGUAUUGAUAAAAAUCCUCUGGAUCUGAUUUAUUUAGCUGAAAGUGUGCCACCGACGAUACAAAAAUAUCGAGAUAAGUUGUUACAUUUACAGAGUUUAACGUUUGACAAUAAUGCUAUAACUAAUUUAGACCCAAAGUAUUAUGAAAUUCCUCUUAGAUAUUUAUUAGGCAAUUUGUAUAUUAAUUUUUCAUUAUUAUGGGAUCCGGUAAAUAAUAUAAUAGCAAGCUACGCCACCAAAGCUUGUACUCAAUUUUGGCCAGUAUUUCUUUCCGAAUUAAAAGAUGCAAGUGAAACUAAUAAGAUGUAUCAGGAUAUAUAUCGAUGUGACAUUAUUGAAAGUUUGAAGUUAGAAAUAUAUAAAGUAGAUGAUAAACCAGAUAAUAAUAAUUAUCAAAUUCUUCUUUGGAAGUGCAUGUCUAAUUUUGUUAACUAUUGUGAAAUGAAAAAUAGAGAUUUAACUAGUAUUUUUAUCGAAUUUGUAAAUAUGAACUUUUUCAAAUUGAAUUCCGAAGAUGCUAAAGUUUGUAGCAUUAAGAAAUAUGACAAUGCAUCUAAUACAAAUGAUAACAUGAACGAGGAAGAUGAUAACGACGAUGACAAAGAUGAUGACAAGGACGAUGAAGCAACCGAAAAAGACGUGUCUGUAAAAGUAGACAAUACUAAAUUACCUGCACAAGAUAGAAUAUACAAAGUAAAAUUAUUACUCGCGCAAAUGGAGAUAUACGGAAACAUGAGCAAUCCUAAUGUAUUGUAUAGGGAAGUAGAAAUGCAUAAAAUAUAUUUGGAUUUGCUUUCUUCGAAAAAUCCGGAAAUACAAAAGGCCGCUUUAAAUUGCCUUUGCACAUACAAGUAUAAAUAUCUUUUACCGUACAAAGAUCAUUUGUUUAAUUUAAUUAGCGAAAAGAAUUUUAAAAAUGAACUCGCACGUUUUAACGUCGACACGGAAAGCAAAUUUAUAUUGGACGAAGAUCGCGACGGUCUUAUGCCUGUAUUGAUGAGAAUAGUUUAUGCAAAAAUGAUCAUGAAAACUGGAAUGCGAACUGGUGGUAAGGCUGGUGGAUUUUUAAAGCGUAAAAUAAUAUUGCGUUUUCUUGCUGGCUCUCGAGAAGAUGAAAUGAUCAUGUUCGUUGAAAUGGCCUUUAAACCUUUUCGCAGAUAUUUAUCAUUUUCUACAAACGCGAAUGUCGAUUUAAAUGUAUUAAUGGAGAAUAUCGUAGAUACUAUUGAUCUAAAUAACGUCAUUCCACCAAAACGUUUACAGAGUGCUGUGAAUUUAUUAGGAAUUAUGAUUGAACAAUUUGGAGCGAAAAUGACGAGUAAACUUUUACCCUAUUUACUUGGUAUACUGAUGUGCAUUAGUGCUAAAGUCAAAGGAAUUUUACAAAGAUCGGAUCAAGUUCACUCUGGUUAUUUAUCGAGCAUCAAAACUAUUAAAACUAGUUGUAUCGCUAUAAUGGCAAGAUUCUUUUCUCAUUUUGAAGAUUAUCAAUGGAAAAAGCACGAAUUAGAUGCCGUUUUAAAUGUCAUAGUAUUUCCUUGGUUGGAAAAAUUACCCGUGGAAGGAAUUCAUAGUCCUACAGCUUUGUUAAAAUUAUUUAUAUCUUGGAGUCAAAAUUCUCGUUAUUAUCCACUGUUCGUAAGACAUCAGGAGAACAAUAUUGAUAUUACGGUUCUUCCAUACGUUAUGAAACUUUUAUUGGGAACGAAAACGCAUCCCUCCGUAAUUAAUGCAAUUUUGGAAAUGAUUGAAAAAAUGCUAACAAUGGAGGAUUACGGUAAAAGGAAUUCAGAUCCGGAUCGUAUGGAUGUAGAUACGCCUGUUCAACCAUUAGAGUCUGUCCUUACAAAUUUACUCCCUUUGAAUGAUAAACUUUUAUCGGAGGGUAUUAAUUAUGGAUCCGUUAUUUUACUUCCACACGUUGAUGAUAUUUUAGAAUACAUGAAGAAAAAGCUGAACAACUUUAACAGAGGUAUGAACAAAACUGAAUUAACUAUUCUAUCGCGUAUUUCUGAGUUUGCAAAAGAUCCCGAUACGUGUGAUACAUUAUUGCUACUUAUUUUACCAAUAUUAAUCAAAAAAGCGGCAAUGUGUGAAAGUGAAGACAUUAUUAUAGAAUUUCUAACGACCGUUACGAAUCUCAUAAAACACGUGAAAUCACCGGAAAUUCAUGUUAGAGCUCUCGCACCCCUACUUGCUACGAUAUCAUCGGUACCUGCUCGCAAACUUUUAAUACAAUUGUACGACAUUAUUGCUGCAAGAUCUGCCAAGGAAAAUCAACCAUUGAUCAAACUAAAUUAUAACUUAUUAUUGGGACUCAAUGCGUGGGAUCGCAAAUGGAUUGAACAACCUGACUUUCAAAAACGACUGGACACCUUUAGCAAUAUUAAUCAUUUAAUCGAGUCGAAUGAGAUGACUUUAAAUUGUGGCGUGUCUAUUAUUUACAAUUGUUACUACUUUUUAAAACAUGAUUCGGAUUUAGCCAUUAAAGAUUAUGCUGGUCAGUGCCUUAAGACUAUUGGUCCUAAUUUGGCAAGAAAAUACAAAGAUAAUCCACCAGAUAGACGUUAUUUAAUGGACGAAACAAUUUUACAACUUAUAAAGAAAGGAAUAAACAGUAAGUCCGAGGUGUUGUGCUUCCAAUCGAUCAGCUUUUUAGGACACAUGUCGUUAGAAUGUCCCGAAGUACAUUCUAUUUUACGCGACUUAUCAGUGUUGUGCAAUAAAGCAGAUCCCGAAGUAGACUUUUUCGAAAACAUGCAACAUUUGCAAAUGCAUAGAAGAGCUCGCGCAUUGUUGAAAUUCUGUAACGUAUCUAAGACGUUGACCAAACGACCAAAUCCAAAAACGCUCACGCAAUUUAUUCUUCCACUUGCUUCAACCUAUUUGUGUAACGAAACUUACUUAAAUAAAAACAACAUGAUAGAUGCAGCUAUUGAAACAGUUGGUACCGUUUGCAAACUUCUACCUUGGUAUCAUUACGAAAUCAUAUUGAAAUAUUAUUUAAAUGCAUUGAAAAAAAAUGUUCAAUUUCAAAAACAAGUUAUUCGAUUAAUUGUCACAAUACUGGAUUCUUUUCAUUACGAUCUUUCGAAAUACAAAUCUUUGGAGAAAAUUUCCCAAAAGGAAUCAACCUUGUCUACCGAUGAAAAUGAACUGAAUGAUAAUGAAAAUGAAAAUGAAAAUGAAAAUGAAAAUGAAAAUGAAGAAGACACGGAAGAAAAACUGGACAUGGAAUUGAAUAAUGAAAAUAUUCCUGAUAUAGAAGACAACGAUGAAAAACUGCAACAGGCAGAUUUGCCAUUAUUGCAAAGACAAAUAAUUUUAUCGCAAUAUGGAGCAAAACGAGUUAUAUUUAGUAUAUCAAAAAGAUUAUUACCACAAUUGUAUCGUUCUAUCACAGCAAGGACUCAUCAAGAUAGUACGCACAAGAUUAAUAAGAGAAAAGUAAUAGCCGAUACCGAGGAAGAGGAUUUAUCGAGAGUUCCUAUUGCAUUGGCAUUAGUUAAGUUAUUGCAAAAGCUUCCAGAAGAUAUUUUGGAGUCCCAUCUGCCGGGCAUCUUCAUGAAGCUCUGUACUUACUUGAAAUCUCGCCUAGAAUCUGUAAGAAGAAUUACUCGUGAAGUGUUGCAAAACAUAAUGAUUACUUUAGGACCAAAGUAUCUUCAUCAUCUUUUAAAAGAAUUAAAUAGUCUUUUAACAAAAGGUUUCCAAGUUCACGUUCUCGCGUAUACGAUUCAGUCUGUAUUAACUGUUUUGAAGCCACAAUUUACGAAAUUUGAUAUCAAUAGAAACUUGCAGAGUAUUUUAUCGGUUUGUGAAAUCGAUCUGUUCGGAUUAACUGCCGAAGAAAAGGAAGUAAUUGGUAUUACCAAACAUAUUUCAGAAGCUAAAGCAACGAAAAGUUAUGACAUAUUUCACAUAUUGGCAGAAUGUAUAACAGAAACUUGCUUGAUCGAUUUGAUAAUGCCAUUAAAAAAUGUUCUCGUAAGAACGCAUUCGCAUAAGAUGUUGCAAAAGGUUGUGGAAUGUUUGAAAAAUGUUUCCCUUGGUUUAGCAGAUAAUACUUUUAUACCGUUGGACAAAAUGCUUAUAUUUUUGUACGGAGUUGUGUCGGAAAGUAUUCCAGAAUUAUUGGCAAAAAGGAAACAAGAAAAAUUAACGGAAAAACAAGCAGAAGUAUUGCAGAGGCAAAAGCCAGAUUGUUUGUUAAUACCUGCUGAACCAAAAAAUAGAAUGGGAAUAAAAGCCGCGUCGAAAACAACAUCGAAUACGAAUUGUCACGUGAUGAUUGAAUUUGGUUUAAAGUUGUAUCAUAUAUUUCUAAAAAGAGAUAAAAUAUCCGAUGAGGAAUUUAAGCCCUAUUUGGAGCCCCUUGUAUCGGUUUUAAGUAACUGUUUGAAGUCCCAACACGUUAAAUUGUGCACUCUAACGUUGCAAUGCUUAAAUUGGAUACUUAAGAUGGAUUUAGUAUCUGUUCGCGAAUCAGUAAGUGACAUUUGUUCUUGCAUCUUCGACAUUUUACACAAGUAUGCAGCAGCUGGUUUAAGCAAGGGAGAUAAUUUUGAUCUCGUAAUGGCAGCUUUCAAAUGCAUGUCAGUACUAGUUCGCGAUGUGAAGCAUUUUACAAUUAAUGCUGAACAAUUAAAGAUUUUGCUUUUAUACGCCGAACAAGAUCUGCACGAUAGCGAUAAACAAGCAACAGCCUAUGGAUUGCUAAAAGCUAUAAUCAAAAGAAAGUUGACAGCACCGGAAAUGGAUGAAAUUAUGAAAAAAGUAGCUACAUUGAGUAUCACAUCGGAAUUGGAACAUGUCAGAUUACAAUCGAGAACCGUAUUUUACUCCUAUCUCAUGGAAUAUCCUCUUAAGAAACGUCUCGACAAUCACAUAACAUUUUAUUUAUUACAAUUGGAAUACGAAAUGCAAUACGGUCGUAUCAGUGCGUUAGAAAUGAUUCAUAGCAUUAUUACAGGAUUUCCAUUGAAAUCGCUUAUUAAAUACUCAGGACUGAUAUUUUUGAAUACUGGUGCCAGAUUGGUAAACGAUGACGAUCCAGUAUGUCGAAAACUCUGUGCAAAGUGCAUUAAGGAAAUGUUAAAACGACUAGGUCACAACGAGAAAGAUAAACUGUUUGAUAUUGUAUUUGUCUGGCUGAAAGACUCUCAAAUGAUUCAUCGAAGAUUAGCUGUACAGUUAUGUGGUAUAUUUGUCGAGGUUGAAAAGGCAAAUUUUGAGUCACGCCUCGUAAAUAUUUUAUCUAUUUUAUUACAACAGUUUAACGAAAAUAUUUAUGAGCUCAAUAAAAUACAACCUGGUUAUUUUGUAAGAUUACAUUCGGAAGAAAAAACAAAUAAAAAGCUUCGGAAAAAUUCCAAUAUAAAAGAUCCAGAACGAUUAAAGGAUCAUCACUUGUAUCAAGUGUUGCAAUUAUUAUUGAAAUUGUCGGCUUAUUGUCCAGGUUUUCUAAAAAAUAGAAAAUACGAUCGAGAAAUAUCAUCUUUUGCCGAGUACAGUCAAUCAUUGUUGGCACAUCCACAUUUGUGGGUUCGUUUAGGAGCCGCGCAGUUGAUCGGUUUUGUACUCUCUGUUCUCGAUGUGGACAAAAUUGUAGAACUUUUGCAAAAUCCCGAUAAACACUCGACAAUAGAUAGUUAUAUUUAUUCUAAUCCAGUCGAUACGUUAAGGAGUUUAUCUUUGGAUUUGAUUGCGCAACUUCAACCAGAUACGACGUUUGAAGAACUAUCCGAUCAAGUAAUUAAAAACUUAAUCUUUAUUGCAAAGAUUUUGAAAUCACUUAAGAAUUCAGAAAACAACGACAACAAUAAGGGUAAAGAUGAUAACAUCCUGUCUCUUAAUUGGCUAAUGAGAAGAUUGAGAAAGAGUUUAAAUAUAGAAAUAGUUCAAGCACCUAAAUCGAUAUCGGUGAGAAGUGCAGUAUUCAAAUGGAUUGCCGGUGUAGUGGUUACUAUACCAAUCGAACAAUUGAAUGGAAUUCUUUUUAAUUUAAUGUCUCCGUUGGUAAGAGAAAUGUCAACGAUCGAAGAAUCGAAUGCUCCUUUGCGUCAAUUGGCAAAGGAGGUAGCCAACACGAUUAAAAAACAAAUAGGUGUCGAAGAAUAUGCGAGAUUGCUCAGUAACGUGCAACAAAAGCUAAAUAGUAAGAAAACAGAACGGCGAAAGAUACGGAAGCAACAGUUUGUGACGGACCCGGAAUUAGCGGCGAAACGUAAAAUUGCGAGACAACAGAAAAAGAAAGAAAGUAAAAAGAGAAAGUUAGAUAACGCAAGAGGUAAAAAUAUUUCCAGGAAACGGCCGAAGAAAGAAAUCGAUUUGGAUAAUUUUUAAUUAUCACGUUAAUGUAUUAGGUGUACAUCGAUUACCAAUUGAUACACCUUCUCGUCGUCUAUUGUAUAUUCUUGUUUUUUUGAUUUUUUUGAUUUUUUUAAUUUCAUUUUGUAAAUAUGUAACAUAUUUAUCUAAAGCAGUAAAUA